CUGCGAAGAUGUAAUGAAGUUUGGAAGUCAGUUUCGUGAAGAGGAGGGAAUGUUAGAAUGAACUAAGUUGUUGCCAAAAAGUGAUAUAUUUCUAUGAGAAGUGGUAAAGUUCAGUAGAAUUACAAGAGAAGUUUAUUAUACGUUGUAUGUGCUAAAUUUAAAGAAAAAUAAGAGUCUUAUCUUGUAAAUAUAAUUCAUAAAUAUACAUUUAUUGACAUAUUUAAAUGUACAAAGAAGCAAUAAUGGAGAAAGAAGUAAUCAAAAAUUUACGUGCUUGUCUCAUAUCUUCAAAAGGUGGUGUCAAAGUGGAUGAUUUAAAUAGAGAUUAUAAAAUGCUCAUUGAUGAAAAUAUACCAUUUCGAAAAUUAGGAUAUCAGUCUUUGAUUGCCUUCUUACGUACUGUAUCUAGUAUUAGAAUUAUUGAGAAAGGAAAUGAUUAUUUUGUGGAGGCUAUACCUAGUGAAGAAUCUGCACAUAUUACAAAGUUAAUUGCACGUCAAAAAACAACAACUAAAAAAUUUAAUAAAUUAAUAAAUACUCGAAAACCAACACCAUUUCGUCAGCCUGUAACGAAAAAGAAUAUUGGCAAUAUAAGAAGUGGUAAUAAUCUACAUUCACAAAUGAGUGGAAGACAAAAUACGUUUUUUCCUACAACAUCAACAAAAAUUACUAUCCAUCAAAAUAGUGAUAAACCCAGAUACAUACAUUCUAAUUUUGGAGUACCACCAAACUCUCCAAGUAAAAGACUGAAAGAUAAACAAAUGAAUUCUGUUUUAUCAGCAAACCAAAGUAUUAAUAAAUCUAAGGAUGAGACACAAAUAAAGAACAAUCUAAAGGCAGUAAAGCCUGUGAUAAGUCAAAAACCAAAGACUGUUAAUAUCAAUGUGGAAAUGCUUCCUAAAAAAGUUUCAAGUCUAAGUGACAAACUUAAAGAAACUCGUAAUAUACCUUCAUUGCUGGAUAUACCCAUUUUUAGUUUUACACCUUCUCAUCAAUCUGAAGUAUUGUCACCUCUUUCACCUGGUCAAGUUUUAGCAGAUAGUAACAUGAAAUUUCAACAAUCACCAAUAAAAACUAUACCAUUAGGUAAUAGGAAAAUUGUGCCAAAAUUACAACUUGCUGAUCCAAGGGAAGAAUUGAAAAGAAGGGCUAAAACGCUAAAUCUUCUAGAACCUGUGUAUCAAAUUUGUCCCACAACAAUUAAAAAUACUAAAGAACCAGCUAUAUUUGCACAAGUCAAGAUUGGUCCUCAUGGCUACUCAAGUUAUCCAGAAGAAGCACAUACUGAAGAUGAGGCACAAAAAAUUGCAGCAAAAUUUGCCUUGCUCGAUCUUACUGAGAAAUAUGGCUCGUCUUCUUGCUUCAAUGAAACUAAAGACAAAAAUAUAAUAAAAGAACGAGUUUUGUCCAUAAUAGAUGCCCAUCCAAAUGGUAUCUUCAUGCAUCAGGUACCUAUAUACUAUAAACAACAGUACGAGGAAAUUUUACCUGGAAAUUGGGAAAGAACUAUUGAGACGAGUCCAGCAGUUGUUCUAGAAAAGGGCGUUGAUAAUUCAAUAAUUCUACGUCGAUUUAUUUCGUAUAAUGAAAAGAUGCGAACUCCAACAUCACUAAAAACAGAUAAAAUACAACUAAAGCCAAUUGGCCCUGUUGCACCUGGACAAUUAGAAUUUCCAGAAGAAGAGUUUUGGAUUGUGUCUGUCACAUGUGUUAUAAGUACUGUUGAAAUAUGGGCAAGAAUUAUAGGAGACGCAUACAGUGAACAAUUUGAUAUUAUGACUACCAAAAUGAGUCAACAUUACAAUAAAAUUCAAUCCGGAAAAGCACCACAUAUUGAAACUGGAAAUUAUUAUGUUGUGUUUGAAGAUGAAUCAUGGCAUAGAGUUCGUUGUAUAGAUUUUAAUAUCAAAAAUGGAAUGGUUACGGUUUCAUUUAUUGAUCAUGGUGAUGAGGAUACUUUCCAUUUUAGUAGAUUGCAAAUAUUGGAUAAAAAAUUUUGUGCACUUCCGGCUCAAGCGAUAAGGCUGUGUCUUUCUGGUUUGGAAGAUUUCAAUGACUGUGAUAGCAUUACGAGCGAAAUUGAAAAACUUUUGCUUGAUCGUGCAUUAUAUGUUGAAAUACGAAAUCGCAAAAAAGAUCAAAAUGGAUCCUCUGCAACAGUUGUAUUUUAUGAUACGCAUGGACCAGAUGAUAUUAAUAUAAAUUUAGAAUUGUUUAAACAAAUUUCACAAAGUAUAUUAACUGCUCCUAAAUUAGAUGUGGAGGGGCAAGUAUCAGAGGUACUUAUUUCUCAUAUAGAACAAAAUGGUGAUGUCUAUGUACAAGUGCAGUCUGAAAGUAUAAAACUUUUGGUUAAUUUAUUAAAUCGAUUAGUAUGUACUGGAUUAAAUACGGAAGAUUUAGAAAAUUGCAUCGUAACGACAGUUGAUCCUAGUAAAACAUAUUUUGUAUCGGUAAAUAAUAAUUGGUACAGGGGAAAAAUUGUAAAUGAUAGUUUGCAUAAUCAAUUAAGAGCAUUUUUAAUUGAUUUUGGUAAAACUGUUACUAUAACGAAAAGCAAUCUCCUUUCUUUGGAAACAUUAUCUCAAAUAUUAGCGAAUUAUCCUGCUCAGGCAUUGAAGGUACAUCUUCAUAACAUUGAUAAGUCAAUGUUUAAUGGAAAGAUGGUUGCAAAACUUGCAGAGCUAGCACCAAAAAAUGAAUCACUUCUUAUAAAAGUUGUAUCAAUUGAAAGUAAGACGCCAAUCGUGGAAUUAUUUAAAAGAAUUCAACCAAGCAACAUGCUUGUUUCUAUCAAUAAUACUUUGGCUCUUGAAGAGGAACUUACAAAAACACAUGGGGAUGGUAAUAAUAACAUAAAACCAAGAAAACCAAGAGUCGAACGUAUGAAUUCUAAAUUUCCAGGAAAUGAAAGUGAUGAUGUAAAAUCUUUAAAACCACCGAAAAUUUCGGAUAUUGGUGAAUAUUUUGAUGUUCAUGUAACAAUGGCUGCCCAUCCCGGAAAUUUUACUAUUCAACCAUUUAAUGAUAAAAGUUCGUUAGAGUCAAUGAUGAUUCUAUUACAAAAAGCUUGUCAAGCAUAUAAAGGUCCAAUUCCGACUGCAGAAUCAGUAAAAGAAGGCAAACUUUAUGCGGCACAACAUAUUGACAGUCAUUGGUAUAGGUAUAAAUAAAAAGGUAUGCAUUUCAAGUAUGAUUAAAGAAAAUAUGGUUAGUGUUUACUUUUGCGAUUUCGGAGAUGUAUCAGUACUGCCAUUAAAUAAAUUACAACCUUUGAAAAGUGAAUUCUUAGAACUACCAUAUCAAGCUAUUAAAGCAAGACUUGUUGGCAUACGACCGAUUAACGUCGACUGGUCUGUUGAAGAUAGUUUAAGGUUUCAAGAAUUGGUUGUGGAUAAAAAUUUUGUGUCAAUAGUUGUUGAAUCUAAACCUGAUGGAUUUUCUCCGGCUGAUACUGUAUUGGGUUUAAAAUUGAUAGAUGUUAAUACAGCUGAAGAUAUUUACAUUGAUCGACUAUUAGUAGAGGAAGGUCGAGCUACAUUCAUUGAUUAAAGUAAUAUAUAUAAUACAUAUUUGGAUACGGUUGAUGAAAAAACUAAGAUUAUCAUAGCAAAACUAUUGAUUCAGUUUUCGAAUUUCGGUAUGAAAAAUAUGUACCUACAGAUAAUUGUUUCCUACUUAUGUACAAAACGAACUUUGUACAGUUUUACUGUUUUAUGCUCGAGAACUUAGCUGUUUGUAUAUAAAAAUCAUAUUUCUAUUUAAUAGUAUUUGCAAAUAUUAGACAUCGAUAAUUGUUCGAAAAUAAUGGAAACUAUAUGAAUGCAUACACAUAUACAUACACAAAUAUGUACAUGUGUAUACAUAUUAUUUAUGUCUAUAUUUACAAUUAUAUUCCUUAAAAGUUACAGUUUUUUAUUUUUUCAACAAAAUAAUUUAUUGAUUUAUUAAAAAUUAUGUAUAUAUUCUUACUCACGAGUAUAAGAUUAUAUAUAUAAUUUAAGAAUAAUUUCUUUAUAUGUUGCAAAGAGUAAUUGCGCACAUAUAUUUUUUCAUAUAUUUUAGUUAGAUAUUCUAUUUUUUUAAAAUUUUUUCUAUUUUAAAGCUUUUUAUUUAAUUUUCAUCCUAUAUUAACAAACAGUAUAAUUACAUAAAACCUGGCUGUGUCAUAUGAAAGACAUCAAAAAUAUUUUGGCAAGAAUUAACAGCAUUCCAUUUUUGAAUUUUAAUACAUCGGUGAACUUCUUUUCCUUUACUUACUUUAUAUAAUUUGUGUACAGAUAUUAAAAUGAUAACAUACUAUCUUCGAGUAAUAAUAAGUUGUUUGUGUUUUAUAUGUGAUAUAUAUUUUGUAGUUUUAUAUUACUUGUUUUCCUACUUAUAACAUGCUUUCAGUUUUAUUAUUGACUUGUUAAAAUAAUCUAAUAAUAAUUUAAAAAUGUUUGAAUAUAUUUUAUAUAUUUAGUCGUUUUUGGUUAACACAAGAAAUGUAACAUUUAUUCCAUAUAGUUUAUACUGUGAAUUUAUUUUAUCGUAGAUAAUAUUUUCUUUACUUCAGUAUUCAAUUAGAUUAAGCACAUAUGUAAUAUGCUGGUAAAACAUGAUAUUAUAUAUUUAUAUACAUACAUGCAUGCAUACAUACAUAC